UAUUGUUGACAGUUUGGCUCAGCCUGAGUGAGUGUGUCGACGAAAAAAAAUUCUACGGUGCACUCCCACUAUCGGAUAAAGAAUUUUCAUUUUUUCACCGCAAAAUUGAUAAGAAACCUUCGGUCAACUUACGCUAAUUGUUCAGCAAAAUGUCUGCGGAUCUAGACCAGUGGAUAGAAAUAACCAAACACUGCAAAUACUUGCCGGAAAAUGACCUGAAAAAGCUGUGUGAUAUCGUUUGUGAUUUGCUGAUCGAGGAAUCCAACAUUCAGCCAGUCAGCAGCCCAGUGACCGUCUGCGGGGACAUCCAUGGCCAGUUCUACGACCUGGAAGAGCUGUUCCGCACUGGGGGACAUGUUCCGGACACGAAUUACAUCUUCAUGGGCGAUUUCGUGGACCGUGGCUAUUACAGUUUGGAGACGUUUACCAGAUUGUUGACGCUGAAGGCUCGAUAUCCGGACAAAAUUACUCUGCUGAGAGGCAAUCACGAAUCCCGACAGAUUACCAAAGUUUACGGAUUCUACGACGAGUGCUAUACCAAAUAUGGCAAUGUGAACCCUUGGAAGUACUGCUGCCGGGUUUUCGAUUUGCUAACCAUUGCUGCCUUGAUAGACGAGGAGGUUCUUUGCGUCCACGGAGGACUCAGUCCGGAGAUUAAGACUUUGGAUCAAAUACGGUCGAUAAAACGUGAACAGGAAAUUCCCCACAAGGGUGCGUUCUGUGAUUUAGUCUGGUCGGAUCCGGAGGACAUCGAGACGUGGGCGGAGAGCCCUAGAGGGGCCGGCUGGCUGUUCGGUGCUGCUGUGACCCGCGAUUUUAUCCACAUCAACAAGCUGGAGUUGAUUUGUCGCGCCCAUCAGUUGGUGCACGAAGGAAUAAACUAUCUGUUCGACCAGAAGCUGGUCACCGUUUGGUCGGCUCCGAAUUAUUGCUAUCGCUGUGGAAACGUUGCUGCGAUACUGAAGUUCAAUACGUCUAAGGAUUCGCUGGUUGAGAUCUUUAAAGCCGUCCCGGACAACGAAAGAGUCAUGCCGAGUCAACGCAUCACGCCCUAUUUCUUGUAAUAAAUAUAAAGUGAAAUGCCUCUUAACGCAGCGUUUAGCCGUAUUGAAACAUUUGUGUAACCAAAAGUGAAUAAAACAACGCUAUGUGAUUA